CGUAUAUCAAAUUGACUGAACAGAAAAAUCGAUAUCUAUGAAGCAACACCUCUAGCAAGGUCAAACUACACAUUACCACUUGUUGUCAUAGCAACACCUUGAAGCCGGUGUAGAUUUUAUAAGCCCUAAACAUCAGAAAAGUGUCCGACUGCGGUGGAUAACCGCUGAUCCGGAUUGUGUUCUUGUGGUAGACAGCCCGUUACAAACGAACAGGCAUCAGCUCCGCUAAUGGCGCCGGCUCAAAAACAAUACCGUGUGGCAGAGAUAGAAGUCGACGGAGAUGCCGUAUUCGCAGAGAUACAUGCCGACUAUAGUCCUAUCCAAGUUGUAUCUCCUAUAUCCUCUGUCUCCCGACAGUCGGGUACAACUGGCAAAAUCUUACCAUUCACUGCACUUCUAUGGACAAUCGUCUCCCUCGUCUCGCACAUAGCCGAUGUGUUAUCGGAUGUUUACGUAUCCGGAAAGUACUUUUUCGAUCACAAUUAUUGGUGGUCCGGGUUUGCAUUGGGUUUCGUGGUUAUAGCCUCGCUUGUUAUACAGAUUUUCUCCGCCAAAUGGUUUUACGAUGAUGGAAAAAGGCAGAACUGUGUGAAUUACUUAUUACAUGUUCUUCAACUAGGGCCCUUUAUAAGAUACUGGACAGCAUUAAAAAUAUGCCUACGGUCAAGGCGCCAGGGAGGUCUCCCUCAAGCGCGUGAGCUCUUCAUUGCAGAAUGGCGCGACCUGAGUAUGCUACGGCUUCUGCAAGCGUUCCUCCAGUCUGCGCCUCAACUGGUUCUGCAACUAUAUGUACUGGCUCGGCGUGGAGAGUUCACCCUAAACUCGGACCUCGGUACCGCCGCCUCUGCCGUGACGUCAUUGAUAUCAAUUGUCUGGGCCAUACUUUGCUACAGCAAGGCGUUGCGUGACAUGCGGUCUGACCCUGGAGACUUGCCAUUCCUUGGGUUUAUAUUCCAGAUGCUAUGGAGAACCUCCAUGAUCACGUCACGCAUAGUAGCCUUAGUAUUAUUCGCGUCCUAUUUCCAGCACUGGAUGUUCGUGGCUGCCGCCGCGCACUGGUUUUUGAUGGCUCUGUGGUUGAGUUGUCAAAGAACACAGUUUUGUAUUGAUGAGACGGGUAAAGAGCAUCCGUGUCGGGAAAAAUUAUUCAACGCAAUGAUUGCGUUUAUUUAUAUUUUUUGUUUCUUCAAUACGAAGGAAGGUAUGACUCGCAAGCGGGUUGUACUGUUCUACUCGGUGAUGUUGGUGGAGAACUCGUUAUUGAUCUCCAUGUGGUAUCCACAGAGGACCAUCAGUACAAAGUUAACGUAUAUCGCACUUAGCAUAGUCUGGGGCGGGUUCGUACUUGGUGUAAUAUUCAUGAUACUGUAUUACCGAUUCUACCACCACAGUCACAGAUACAAAGGCAUGUUUCUAAGAAUUCGUAAGUUCGAGAAAAAUGAUCGAGAAAUGUACGGGCUUUACUGCUGUUGCUGUUGUCGUAUUAGGAAAUGGGAACCCGACACCGAGGAGUAUAAUGACCAGGCGUGCGGUGAUCCAAGACUACUGGCGAAUAGACCGCUAGACGAAGCACAGGAAGCGGUCUGUGCUAACGUACCCUCCCCUCCCUUAAUUGAGUCAAGUCAGCCGAGGUUUGGGUUGAGGUGGGAUGAGGAUCAGAGGCCUCUGCUCAGGGAUCGGGAUGACGCGUUUAGAGUCUUGGUGCAUAACAGAGGGGAAGGGGCUGGCAGGGAGUUGGAAGAUGUAGAUGAAGAAGAAGAGGUACCGGAUAUUAUUGUUACUGCAGCCACGCCCACGACCAUGAGUCCUCAUGAGUCACCCAGGAACACCAAACAGCGCACCCCUGUUGUUCAUAAAGACAGGGAGACGCCCGUACCAGAACGGGAAGUACGCAGGACCGAAGAGAGGACGAACUCUACGAGCCAGCGGUGUACAUCAGCCGAUGUGGCAAGACGCAUCUUAGCGGACAAACUCGACAGUCACGACGAGGAGACGUACUGUGAUUCCGAGGACAUUCCGAAGAUCAACUACGGAACUUUGAGUUUCAGUAAUCGAUACAGUCUCGUGUCCUCUGAUUGCAUUUCGUUGUCGUCCGCGAGUAGUGCCAGCUCGUUCAACAGUCUUAACGACAUGCUGGACAGCUUUCAAGAUGAGGGUGAGGAGCUAAGAGUGCUCAAGACGCCUAAUGCCGACGAGGGGAUAUUUUCCGACGAGCGGGAGUCCCCGGAGAAGUCUUCCGAUAGCGUGCCUGGUACUUUCGAAACAUGUCCGACGUCAUCCGAGUCAAACGCGAUGGAACGGAUAUGCGAAGAUAACGAUCCGAUAAAUCUCGAUGAGGUAGAAAAGAGUGGGAUGGAGACAGUUGAGCGUAUAAUGGACGCUCCAUCUUCACCCUUUCACUCCAGGAAGACUUCACAGUCUAGCGGCAAGGGGGAGGGUUUUGAAAGCGAUUCGACCGAGUCUAGUAGCGAAGGGAAUUUCUUUGGCGGCUAUGGGCAAGAGAGGCACUCCUGUGGGACUAUUUACGACCCUGAAGCCUUUACCACCGAUGAGGACUCUAAGAAACGUCACUCGUUUGAUAUCGCUGAGUUAACUAGAAAGUCGCGGAAAUUCAAAAAGAGAGAGAGGGAGAGAAAAAGGCGAAGGCAUGGGAAAUUGAUUACAUUUGAUAAUUUUGUACCAAGUCCCCUAAAAGCUGGUCGAUUUGGGUCUUUACGGAAAUCAUUUGAGAGGUUGUCCAAGAUCCAGGAGGAUGGGGAAGAUAUUCUUUUGAUGCCUCUGCAGCCUGCUAGAUUAGAGGAAGAUGGCACUGUGACCGAAAGGAUAAGUAUGGGGUCAUCGAGCCCUAAUUCCGAGCAGAAUGAUUUUUUUGAAAACCGACAAACGCACAAACCCAAUGGAUCGGUGAGGGAUCGUAACACAUCGCCUAUCCGCUUUACGUCAACAACCAUACCAGAAAACGUGAAACUCAUCAGGACAAGAAUUGCUGAGAGGGAGAAGUUGGAGUUUGAUACUGAGACGAACACAGCUAAACAUGCUGUCAGUAAUGGCAAGAUAGAAGGAUUUAAUAAGGGAGAGAGAAUGAGACUUAAUAGUCAAGUGGAAACAAAUGAAUACUUGACCAAAGGGGAGAUAAAAAGAUUUGAUGAUGAAGAAAACAUGAGACUUGAUAGUCAAGUGAAAACAACUGAACAAUGGGCCAAUGGGAGGAUUCAUAGACAAAAUGAAAAGGAGAUGAACGAUACUAAAUUGAACACAACAGAGCACACUGCGAAUGGGAAGAUAGCUGUUGCAAACGAUCCACAAAUUAGGAGAGUUGGGCAAGACAUAUUUUUAAAGGAAUCGAUGACAUUGCCUAAGUCGGGAGUCACCCCUAACGGGAAAUUGACACCGAAUGUACAAAAACUAUCACUUCAGAGAUUUGAUAUUUCGCUCGAAAACCGGCCCCCAAUACCUGCUUUAGAUAGCGAAUUAAAUAUCAUGCUAUCCCCGAACUCACCUAGGAUUGAAAACCACCCUUCAGAACCGGGGUUGCGUAGCGAGUUAGAUAUAAUAAAGUCCCCGGACUUACCGAGUAGCAAUACUCGUAACGUACGCAGCGAUGAGAAUCAGAAUUCUAAACCCAUCAACAUGAGCCUUUGUCAACAACAUGAUCCACGAACUGUUUCAGAGACGAACAAACCUGCAAGGGACUCGGAUAACAGCGUCUGUGCGUCAGGAGACGCGUCGCCCGAACUCCAACGGUUAAAACACGCUGAAUCUGAUCAGCAAUUGGCGAUUGAAAGAACUUCUUCUCCCAGACAAUCACGGGACAAUGUCCCUUUAGCUUGUGCGGAUGACGAGGACGACUUGGGGGAAGACUCAAUAAGCGAUCCUGAAAGUGUCUUAGAAGCUCGGGAUUUCCAAGGAAAGGUCGCGGAUACAAGUGCAAAGUCGCUAUUCUCGGACUCCAGUAAAGAUUUUUGUGCAGAGGCCGAUUUAAAUUUGAGCAGCGGAUCUUCAAUUUGUGAAAAUCUGUUAAUAUCAAGCGAACUAAUUCGAGAGUCGACUGAUUCCACUGGACAGAUUCGUACGCGAUCGGGAAAGAGGAGACUAGGGUUCGAAGAAUUCAGUCCGUCUAAUUUCAACGACUUUGAUGACAUGCACUCGUUCCAUUCAGACAAGCGACAUACAUUUGCGUUCGGGACAACUGGUCGAGAUGGGGAAAUGGUGAGAAUAGUGAAUGGGAGUACUCACAAAUCCCUUCCGCUGGGGUCCCCUGACGAUCACAUUUGGGUUCACAACCCUGGCGUCGAGAACAGGAGGCGGCGUCCGCAGUCUACUGUGUCAGCGGACGCACCAUUACAAGAAGACGUCAUUCAGGAGAUUCCUGUUUGAAGUGAGGUCACCGAGAGGAAAAACUACCUUCGAUACCAGAUUUGGUGGUCUGACAUCUCAACUUGCUACUUCACAUGGACAAACCGUAUUUAACAUGUGGACUUUAUAGCAAGUUUGCGGAGCAACAAUAUUUAUUAGGUUUUGUAUUUUAAUGGACUAGUUGAUUUAAGAAUCACUAGGCGAUAACAUUUCAAUUAUAAAAUCCGUUCUAUUGUUCACAUUGAAAUCUUUUAAACGUUGUAAAAAUGUAAGGUAUUUCUUCACAAAAUAAAUUUUCAUAUAUUUUUAUGCAUUUGACAUAUAUUCCAGUACCACACGCAUUGGCGUGUAAAUUAUCCUUCUACACCUAUAAUUAAUAGGGUUGACAGCUUGUAAAAUAACAUGUAAGAAUUGUACAUAGUAGAGUAUUUAAUUUUGCCGAGUGAAUUGCUAACAAGAAUAGCUAGUAUACUUGUU